AAAUUAUUUGUUUGGUUGGUUGUUGUGUAGAUUGAUUGGCUUUAUUUUAGAUUUUAAAAGCAUUUUCCUAUUUAAACUUGGAAUAAAACGUAAAAACCUGUUAAGGCGUCCCGUUUCUUCAAGUUUAUGCUUCAUUAGUUCUUAUAUAUAUUACUUAUUAUACUAUUUACUUUUAGACAUUUGUCUAGGUAAGCCUGGCGGCAUUCGAUUACUCAGGUUUAUCAGAAACAAAUACAGAGAAAAGUACAAUAAUGGAAAUGGAAGAAGUUCUUAUAGAAGAGGACACUAUUACACAUGUGAGUAAGAAAAGACCAUCUUUGGAACAAUUCAAAGCAGUUGUUGAUUUCAUGCAGAAGCACCCAGAUCUUGCUAACCCUAAGAAUAUCAGCAACAAGUUGAGCCGCCCCAAGAUCAAGAAACUGUGGGCUGAACUGUCCAAUAUUGCCAAUGCUCUCCCUGGCAUGAACAAAACUACACAGGAGUGGAUGCGGUUUUGGGCUGACAAGAAGUGUAUGAUAAAAACAAAGAAGAAGCAAGUGGACAAUGGAAGUCACUCAAACAUUCUCACUCCUAUUGAAGAGCAAAUUUGGACUUUGUGUUUUCAGAAUGGCACUAGCAGCUCUCCUAAGAGAAGAAAAUCAGUAAAGACUGAAAUGUCUGAUGAAGAUUCCAGUGAGGAACAGCCCUUGAAGAGGAAGAAAUCGGAAGCAUUUGCUUUCACAAUGGACACCAAGCAGACCAUGAGUGAAGUUGAUGAGAGACAAAUGGCUAUUAUGGAGAAGUUGGUGGAUGUGAUGGACCGCCAGGCGUCGGCGCUGUCGCAGCUGGCGCAGUCGUCGGUUGUGAACGCGCAAGCCAUGGAGAGGCUGGCUGAAGCCUCUCAGCAACAGGCGCAGGCGGUGGACCGGCUGGCCACGUCGUUCGAAGGCAUCAGCGCGGCGGCGCACGACGUCAGGAACGCCAUCAUCAACAUCGACUACACCAUGAAGAGAUGCUACACCAUCAACCAGACCUAGCACGCUUUCUAGUAACCAACGGUUUCUAUGUAUAUGGUUAUAAUGCUAUGGGACUAUAGUUUGUAAAGAAUGACGGUGUCCGCCCAAUUAAUUGAUAUUUCUACUUCCAAUUUUUACGGUUAGAGGGCGCCACGGCGGUGUAAUUUAUAUUUAAGGAAUAAGGUCUUAUUUAAAUGUGAAAUAGAGAAAGGAGUGUAGAAUUAUGAGUGCGUGGAGACAAGAUAACAAUAAAGGGACGCGGAGAGAGCUAACCUUGUUUCCAUCCAAAUCAACGUUGAAAUUUUCUCGUUGGACUGGCGUGGUGGGAAUGUGGUGUAAGAUCAAGAAGCAGUUUAGACCGUAAAUUAUAUUCGAGAGGGCCAGGUGCAGGCACUAACACCCUCAAAGAGAUUAUCGGAUAGCUAGUUCAACGAAUUUGAAAGUCAUGUACAUGUAAUCCUACCUUCCUAAAUAAAACCUAUACCUUCUUAUAAUUUAUCUCGCAUAAUACCUACAUAGGUAAUUAACCUUACAAGUCUGACAAGGGUGGGAAGAUACAACGAUUCACUACAGUGUAAUGUAGUCAAAGAAUAAUAUUAUAAUGUGUGAUACAGUUAUUAGCCUUUAGGGAUUGAAUAGAUCUGUUUUGGAUUUAUAAUUUUGAAAGAAAAUACCUGAAUAUGUUUACAGUUUAGUACAGUAAGUUUUUACAACAAAAGUAAUAAUUGAUUAUAAUUGAUCUAUUGUAUAAAAUCUUAUCCAAGAAUUUGUUUUAAAUACCUGAUCAAAGUAGGCAAAUAAUAAGAAUGACUAUAACUUAACAUUACAAUAAGACUUUUGUACUUUGAAUUAUUUAUGUCAUGAAUACAUGAAUUUAUUUAAACAUG